AUGGCUUCUCUGCAGCAAUCUUCCCUCAAAACCAAUGUCUCCACUGAGCUUCUCAUAGCUCGCAUUGUACAAAUCCAUGCCAACAUCUGCAAGCUUGAGUCCCUGAGGCCUUCAAAGCAAGUCAACAGCCUCUUCACCCACCUUGUGAAGCUCUGCACCCCUCCAUCAUCCAUAGACAUCACAGGCUUACCAGAAGAAAUUCAGCUGAUUCGCCAAAGCCUCAUAACUCUCUGUGGCAGAGCUGAAGGCCUACUUGAGCUUGAGUUCUCAACUUUCCUCACAAAUGUCCCCCAAGCCCUCAACAAUCUCAACCUGUUUCCAUACUAUGGGAAUUAUGUUAAGCUGGCCAACUUGGAGUACAGAAUUCUUAGUGACAAUGGGGUUGUGCAGCCCAAGAAGGUGGCCUUCAUUGGCUCUGGUCCACUGCCUCUUACCACCCUUAUAAUGGCCACACAUCACAUGAAAUCCACCUGUUUCGACAACUUUGAUAUGGAUGAAUCAGCUAACGCUGUGGCUCGCCAAUUGGUAGCCUCUGAUGCUGAGCUGCAGAGGCGCGUGAAGUUUGAGACUCGCGAUAUAAUGGAAGUUAGGGACAAGCUUGGGGAGUAUGACUGCAUCUUUUUGGCAGCACUGGUGGGGAUGAGUAAGGAGGAGAAGGUUAAGAUUCUUGGGCAUGUGAGGAAGUAUAUGAAGGAAGGGGGAACUCUACUUGUGAGAAGCGCGAAAGGGGCUAGAGCUUUCCUGUACCCUGUGGUUGAGGAGGAGGACUUGCUUGGAUUUGAGGUUCUCACCAUUUUCCAUCCUACUAAUGAAGUCAUCAAUUCAGUAGUUCUCGCUCGCAAGCCUAUCGAUGAAUAAGCAAAAAUCUGCUUCCUUCUCUGCUAGUUUUUUUGGUUAACUAUGUGUCUACGCUUAUGUUUUUUGUGUUGUGCCAGCUGAAAAUAACUAGAGAACUCCUCCUUUCUCUCUAGUUUUCUGGUUUUCAAGUAACAUGUACUCUUUAAGGUCUGUUUUGUACCAGUACCAUCUAUGAGUCCUGCUUUGAAUUCAACAUUUAGUAGUUUCUGGA